GCGGCGGGGGCGCCGCGGCUGGCCGGCGACGCGCGCGAUCGCCUCUCGUCUCUCUUUGACGCCCUCAGCAUUGGCGACCUCUUCUACCCGGCCCGCUACUUUGACGCCGGCCGCUUCAACGAGGCGUACGCCGAGAUGCUGUUCUCCGCCUUCGACGCGCGCGGCGAGGGCGCACUCGACUACACGCAGGCGCAGCAGGCGCUGCAGUGGCUGAUGCGGACGCCCGCCGACGGCGGCGCCAAGCCCGAGGUGCCGCUGGCCUGCCCGGCCGAAGCGUAUGAUGCGGCGGGAGGGCUCAGGCUGGAGCGGCCGUGGUUCUUCAUGCUCUAUCGCACGAUGCCAAACCAGCGAGGGGGCAGGUUGCGUUCGUUUGUCACUGUGCACAACCAAGGGCUGGCCACCUCCGUAUCCAUCAUGGUGAAGCCAAUGGGCCAAAAAGGGAGAGCGCUCCCCUCCCAGGUGGCCGGAGGGUACACCUCGGGUCGGCGUGCUGGGGGGGGCGCCGGUGCGCAAGCCCACUUUCCGGGCGACCCCGAGGGGGAGGAGGCCGGGCGAGUGGCAGCAACUCACUGUUAG